GACAUUCGAUUGAGGCGUCGAAGUUUAAUUGAUUGAGAUCAAACGGGUAAGUCAAAAUUUUCAUUGGGUAAUCAACGAUAAGAGAACUGGAACCUCCAUUUAAGAUGAUGUUCUUUAUUGUCGUGUAGGAGUUAAGUAAAUAAACUUUUGUCUCUGAAUAAUUUUAAGUUAUUAAAAGAUGCGUUCUUUUAUCUAAGUUCUUCUCAUAUUGUUCCAACGCUGGCGUGAAAUCCUUUUGUAAACAGAAGUGCUAAGUGUAAAUCCAUUAUAAAUAGUGCACUUUAUUGUGUCUCAGUACAUCUGCCAUUUCAUUGGAUUGUACGGUCGAUUUGUUUUCAAUAGUCUCUCAUAGAGACGCCUUUGUGUUUCAUUUUCAUUUAGAGUUGUCAAAUUUAGUCGCUGUCAUGCAAGUAAUAGAUCAGUGAGACACUAACAACUAAACGGCAAGUUGUGCUCUGAAACCUCCGCUUCUAAGAAAGAAGUUGUGGUGCUGCGAGGAAAUGUUUAUUACGGUCCGUUAUGGUGACGGCGAAGAAUCUAUCUUUAAUCCAAACUGUCGGACAAACAUUCUAUUAGAGGAUAUCAAACGACGCUGCAACUGCACAAAAGAUGCCACAGUAGAUUUGAGUGAUGAAUCGGGAAAUCUCAAGUAUUUAGCUAAUCACCCCAUGAGUUAUGCUACAGAGAUACUAAAAGAACGAGAAUCACUGGUGUUGAUAAGAGUAGAAAAAAAAAGUGAAGCUGAAGGUGAUAGUUAUACGCCGAUGCUGAAUGACAUGAUUAUUGUAACUCCACAAUUUUUAGAACGUCUUUCGAGAUGCGAGAGUGACAGUCUUAACGCCAAGAAUUCUCAGGCCAAACCAGUUCGAAUUAACAGUCCCUUAACUAAAAGACAAACCGGACUUCAAGGAAAAACCAAAACUUCAUUAACAUCAACAUCAGGCAGGAGUAAAAUAACAUCCAGAGAAAAAACCUCGGCACAGAAGCGAAGCAGUAAAGACAUGAGAUAGGGACGUAGAAAAUGAAAUAGCUACUGAUAUAAAAAUUUAAUGAAAACUCAGGACAACUAUCAAAACGUAAAGGCAAUCAAGUUUUAUUAACAGUACUUGCAAGACAAUUAUUCUAGCUAAAAAAGAUGCACAUUCGCAUUGAUCGUCACAUGAGAGGCGUUUCUUCACUAGGGGGAAAGGACUGGUGCAACAAUUUUCUCUUGAAGUUAACGACUUCGGCCUUGAAAUUCGCCCUCUGUUCUCAUGGGCUAGCACUAAUAUUUUUUUUUCCAAACCCCUGACACGUUCUUAAUUUGAGUAAACCAGAUAAAAUUAAAAACUAGAUUAGUAAAUAAAUAAAUUACUCGGGUCUUCUUGUAAAAAUCCCUUCAUUUUAUUUUUAUGACAUAAAAUUGCUAUACGAGAAAAAUGGCGCUUCAAAUUCCCAUACAGGAACUGUCUGUCAACUUUUUGAAAAAACCAUCUCGAGUCCAAAGAGUUAUGCGAAUAGAGGACAUUUUAUCGAGCCUCAGAAAAAACGGCAUAGCUUGUGGCUGGUUAGCCUGUGGCUGGUUAGCUUGUGGCUGGUUAGCCUGUGCUAAGUUUCCGUAACAGUACUCUUUCAAUUAGAAUAAAUAAAUAAUUGUUAAAUAUUG